UCCCCCACCGCCCGGUGAGUGAUGACAUUCACGGAGAGGGAGGGAGGGAGGGAGGGAGAUAAAGAGAGGGGCCGGCUCCACGAGGCCAUGUGAUGCUGAGCGAGAGAGAGCCGCGCCGCCGGAGCCUCCUUCCUUCCUCCCUCGGAUCCCGGCUGUCAUGGCGACCCCCAACAACCUGACCCCCACCAACUGCAGCUGGUGGCCCAUCUCGGCGCUGGAGAGCGAUGCGGCCAAGCCUACGGAGGCCCCCGACGCUCCCCAAGCGGCCAGCCCCGCCCAUUGGCCCAAGGAGAGCCUGGUACUGUACCACUGGACCCAGUCCUUCAGCUCCCAGAAGGUGCGGCUGGUGAUUGCAGAGAAGGGCCUGGCAUGUGAGGAGCGGGACGUGAGCCUGCCACAGAGCGAGCACAAGGAGCCCUGGUUCAUGCGGCUCAACCUGGGUGAGGAGGUGCCCGUCAUCAUCCAUCGUGACAACAUCAUCAGUGACUACGACCAGAUCAUCGACUACGUGGAGCGCACCUUCACAGGAGAGCACGUGGUAGCCCUGAUACCCGAGGCGGGCAGCCCACAGCAUGCACGGGUGCUGCAGUACCGCGAGCUGCUGGACUCACUGCCCAUGGAUGCCUACACACACGGCUGCAUCCUGCACCCCGAGCUCACCACCGACUCCAUGAUCCCCAAGUACGCUACGGCUGAGAUCCGCAGACAUUUAGCCAACGCCACCACGGACCUCAUGAAAUUGGACCAUGAAGAGGAGCCCCAGCUCUCUGAGCCCUAUCUUUCUAAACAGAAGAAGCUCAUGGCCAAGAUCCUGGAGCAUGAUGAUGUGAAUUACCUGAAGAAGAUCCUUGGGGAGCUGGCCAUGGUGCUGGACCAGAUAGAAGCCGAGCUGGAGAAGAGGAAAAUUGAGAAUGAAGGACAGAAAUGUGAGCUGUGGCUCUGCGGCUGUGCCUUCACUCUCGCCGACGUCCUUCUGGGAGCCACCCUGCACCGCCUCAAGUUCCUGGGACUGUCCAAGAAAUACUGGGAGGACGGCAGCCGGCCCAACCUGCAGUCCUUCUUUGAGAGGGUCCAGAAGCGCUUUGCCUUCCGGAAAGUUCUCGGCGACAUCCAUACCACUCUGCUCUCGGCUGUCAUCCCCAAUGCAUUCCGGCUGGUCAAGCGGAAACCGCCAUCUUUCUUUGGGGCCUCCUUCCUCAUGGGCUCCCUGGGCGGGAUGGGCUAUUUUGCCUACUGGUACCUCAAGAAAAAAUACAUCUAGAGCUGAGCCAGGCCUGGGCUUGGUGUCUGACUCUCAGUGUCUCUGUGCUGUGUGAUCCCCAGUGAGCUCUCAAUAAUGCACUGUCUCACGAACACUUGGACAGCCCCUUCCCCACCCCUUGUUCGGAGUAACUCUAUUGUUAAUGUGAAAACAUUCCAUAGUUUAGAAGUAGACGUUGCCAAUGCCGUGAGUUGAAGCCAUGGCACUACUAAUGGAGAGAAAGAGUGAGAGAGAGAGAGAGAGAACAGAAACAAAGCACGAAUGCCUUUUCUUUUGAUUCAAGGUCUCAAGAUGGAACUGUGGGGACUGGUUAGGAUCUGAGGUGAGUCCCAGGCCAUUUCACCCAUCAGAGCCCAGAUUCUGGGAGGUGCUGGGGGCUCAGAGGGCCUGACCCCUCGCCUCCCCUUCCCUCUUGCCCAGGGAACUUUCCACAGGACAAAGCCAACAUCAAGACUCAACUCUUCUAAGUGGUACCUCUGGGUGGGGCUAGAGACCCGGAGACUCCGUGGGGAGGCCCGUGAAGAUCGGAAGGGACUUCAUUCUUCUCCUGGACAUGGACUGAGACAGCAGUGGCUUAAGCCAAGGCAGUGGCACCCAACCACCAAACCAGGACUGGGACGGACACCAUGAGCACACCCUCAUUCCCCUCCUGCUGUGGCCAGUGAGUUUGAUUUGGCACUUUACCAGUAAUCCCUGAAGGCAGCAUCCACCAUCCUCUUCCCACCUGGAGUUGAUUUUUCCCACCAUGUGAGGUGGGCUUUCAGCAAAAGCCAUGUUCACUUAUCUUAGAAGGUCAGUCCGGCCUGAGUGCAGGGAUGGGUCUGGAGGUUGAUGAACCUCAAGUCCCUCUCCUAGCCUCUGCCAAAGCCAUCUCCUUUAAUGCCCACCUGUCCCAUCACUGGUGAGGUGCCUCACAUGCCCCACCAUGCCACACAGGGGGACCUCCUCACCUACGCUGCCCACCCUGGUCCUGUCUCACUUUCCUGUGCCUUUUGCAUGUUGGGAGAAGGUCCGAGUGUCACUGCCUUUCAUGCUUAGAAACCACUGAAAGCCCCCAAUAAAGCAUCCAGGAGAAGCAGUUGCUUUUCAUUUGUAAA